CUCUGUCACAGUGCACUUGAGAGCAACCUCUGGGCCAGCAGUGAGAGGCGACCUACUCCAACCUGCCAAGUCGCUACCUACGACACGCAAUUAGGGUGGUAGCAGCAGCAGGGAGACCAGCGGUUGUCAAGGCCACCAGCAGUUCAGGGGAGCCUGCAUCAUCAGACUCCUUGGAGAGGCCUUGCCUAGGACCUGGGAGCCACGACCACCCAGCUCCAGUUCUGUGGUCCAUGUGAGUAGCUAGGAACUUCCAGGGGUGAGCUCAGAGGGGGCAGGCUGCAGAAGGCUGGGCUCCCCUUGACUGGGUUCCAAUUGGUUCUAUUAGGAGCCUCACCCGUGAGGCCUGGUUUUCUCAUCACCCUCAGAAAGAUCUCUCGGCACCCUGGAUCCUUCUGUGGGUUCUCGAGGCAGCUCCACCGCGCAGCAGCGCGCAUACAGCUGCCUCAAAGAGCUGGGCAAGAUGGUAUUUGGAGUCCAGGACAUUGCAUUGUUAGAACAUGGGUGCAAGGCCUUGGAGGUGGACAGUUACAAGUCCUUGAUGAUCCUGGGGAUCCCAGAGGACUGUAGCCACCAAGAAUUUGAAGACAUCAUACGGACUCCGCUCAAACCACUGGGCAAGUUCGAAGUGGCUGGGAAGGCCUAUCUGGAGGAAGAUAGGUCCAAGGCAGCUAUCAUUAGGUUGGCAAAGGACCUCAAUUACGACGUGGUGCCCAGGCAGAUCAAGGGCAAGGGCGGUAUGUGGAGAGUGGUCUACAUGCCCAAGUGGCAGGAUAUCGAAUUCCUAACCAAGCUCAAUCUGUUCCUGCGGAGAGAGGGCAGGACGGUAGAGGACGUGGCCCGCAUCCUCAGUCGCGAGCUGUGUCCCACCACAGCAGUUCCUGAAGAGCUACCUUCCAGGGAGUGCGGUCCGUCUCUGCAGGAGGAAAACGCAGACAAGGAGGCCACCGCCAAGGCGGAUGAGAUUCCCCCUCUCAACGACCCAGAGAAGGAGAGCAAGGCUGAAGAGGACAAGAAGGGCAAGAAGAAAAGCAAGAAAAGUCGGCGCCGACAGCAAGCUUCUGAUAAGAAGCUGUGAGGUGAUGUUGGA